GGUGGACCGGUGGUUUAUCCUGUGCGGGGCAAAAUGGUGAGAUGGUGGGAGUUGUGGACAAGGCUGUGGGCCAGGAUUCCUGGGUGUCCGGUCCACACCGCGUUCUUCCGCGGAGCCCUCAGCAUUCCGUGUGCCGAGGGAGCUCGAGGCCAUGAGCAGAUACACCAGCCCGGUCAACCCGGCUGUCUUCCCACACCUGACUGUGGUACUUCUGGCCAUCGGCAUGUUCUUCACCGCCUGGUUCUUCGUUUACGAGGUCACCUCCACCAAGUACACACGUGAUAUUUACAAAGAGCUCCUCAUCUCCUUGGUGGCCUCACUCUUCAUGGGUUUUGGAGUCCUCUUCCUCCUGCUCUGGGUUGGCAUCUACGUAUGAGUCCCCAAGGGUACCCACCAGGCAGCUUCACCAAGUCCCUGCUUUUGUAAAUUAAUUUUUUACCAUUGCUACAAGUGUCCCACCUGCUGUUUACAAUAAAGACAGACGUGUGACA